GGAGUCUGGGGCUGCUGGAGCUGGCGCACAGGAGCGGGGAUGGGGCCGGUCCUGCCCCGCAGGCUCCUGGUGCUGGUCUGGGUGUGUGCGGCUCAGGCGGAGGUCUUGGUGCAGCCAGACUUCAGUGCCCCAAAGUUCUCAGGCCUCUGGUAUGUGGUGGCCGUGGCUUCCGACUGCCAGCUCUUCCUGGCCAAGAAGGACCAUCUGCUGAUGUUCACCAGUGCCAUCAAUGCCACGGCGGAGGGUGACCUCAGCGCCCACAUGGAGUUCCCGUGGGCGGAAGGCUGCAGCCAGGUGGAUGCCAUCUACCUGAAGGUGGCCUCCGAGGGGCACUUCCGCGUCCCAGCCUUGCACUACCUGGACGUGCGCGUGGCGGACACGGACUACAGCACCUUCGCGGUGGUCUACAUCUACAAGGAGCUGGUGGGGGCCCUCAGCACCAUGGUGCAGCUCUACAGCCGCACUCGAGACCCAGCCCCCAAGGCCCUGAGCGCCUUCCGCAGCUUCUACCCGACCGUGGGGCUGCAGGACUUCAUGGUGGCCCUGCUGCCCAAGUCAGACAUGUGCUCCCCCGGGCACGGAGGCACCCCGGCACCCCCAGAGACGGACGCCACCCCCACCCAGGAGGGCGCGUUUUCUGGCCUCUGGUACGAGGUGGCCUUCGCCUCCAAGAUGGGGGUGCUCAGCUCACCUCACAAGCUGGAGAAGAUGGCGGGCGUGCUGAUAAAGCUGGAUGGGAAUCACUUCUCCCUGAGCACCACCUACUUCAGCGAGGAGGGCUGUGUGCUGGAGCAAGUGGGUGCCUUCCCCGAGACGCCCCGGGGAAGUUCAAGGUCAUCCGGGAAUCUGGAGACAAAGAGAUUGAGAUUCUGGACACGAACUACGAGUCCUACGCCAUCCUGAACGUCUUCACCAAAAAGCCGGGGAGGGCGAGAGCAUAA